AUGUCCUGCCAGCAGAAUCAGCAGCGGUGCCAGCCCCCUCCCAAAUGCUCCCUGAAAUGUCCCCCCAAGUACCCUCCAAAAUGCCCACCCCAGUGCCCAGCCCCAUGUCCCCCUCUGGUCUCCUGCUGUGGCCCCAGCUCUGGGGGCUGCUGUAGCUCUGGGAGUGGCCGUUGCUGCCUGAGUCACCACAGGCCCUGUCUCUUCCACUGGCUCCAGCACCAGAGCCCUCAUUGCUGUGAGUGUGAGCCCUGGGGGGCCUCUGGCUGCUGCGGUGGCUCUGGGGGCUGUUGUUGA